AUGCAGGAUGAACAUAAUAACGAUUUGGAUACACGAAGUUUUGGUCCUGCUAUCAAACUGUUCCUCGCGGUUCCGUUACCGCGUUAUAGUUUCCUGUUCGUUCCCAGGCCGUCGGAGACGCGUCUUUCUCUUAUCCCACCCGGACGGAUCGCCGCCUCGAAAUUCUGCGGGACAAAUCCCGCGGUGCUGAUCUCCUCCUGGCCUGGGUCCAAACUGUUGGAACAAUAA